AUGUCCGUUAUGCGCCAUGGAGGAAGCGGUUUCCUCCAGCGCCGCCUCACAAAGCUGUAUACCGAUACGAAGACCUCCUGCGAAAGUGUGACGACAGCCUCCAAGGCUCUAGAUGAUCCGGAGCUGGUGGCGCUACAUCAGAGCUUCCAGAAACAGCGGGAUCGGUUGCUGUCGUGGGGUCUAGAUUGGAGCGAUGCGAGCGCCGCCCAGCCGAACGAUAUCGACGAGUCUUUGACCGCGGCCGGUUUUAGCGAUGUCGUCGAGAGCGUCAUGUCCACCAUACAGGACUUGCUCAAUGAUGCCGAGCGUGUUCAGCACAUUGAUGCACCUAUGCCGUCUAAAGAGCGCAAGGUUGAUCUGCCCUCGAAGGAUACUCUGGGGAGCCGGCCUCUCAAGACACAAUGGACGGACGAUGAUAUCAGUCGAUCGAAGAUCAUAUUGAGCGACUUGACCGCAUGUAUUGAUACCCUAUACGACUUAUCCACCUCGCGCCGAACAAUGGCGUCCAGCAUGUCAUCGAGCAAGCACAUGGGCGCCCGACGAGCGAAAACCCACCCUCUUCCCUCCCAUGAUGCAUCCUAUGGUUCCUUCUCAGAUUCCAAGGAGAGGAUGCAGAGCCCGAAACAAAUGUACGAACCUUUCACCUACUCUCCUACGACCCCGAAACACGAUUCCUGCCACCCUCUCGUCAUCGAACGAUCCGCCCUGCAACUAUACGGAGCGACCCACGAUAACAGCCCUCCGCCAUAUGAGCCAAUUGCAGCCUCAUCAAACUCUCGUGUUGUCGGCCGUCUCAAGACCUCGGCAUGCCCGUUGCUUUUGGGCUCCGUCAAGGAUUCGCAUGUCUCGGUGCUGGUCGAGUUUAUGCCUAUGAUUGUGGACUCUCAGGCGAGCUCAAAGAGCUCACGACUGGAGAAACUGCAGAACUCACUCGACCAGUUGCUUCAGAAUGCCAGAGUCGGCCACCUGGGUCUUCUAAGAUUCCUGGGUUACUGUGUCGAUGACCCUAAUGCCCGCUACGCCUUCUUAUAUCAAAUGCCUGUCGAUUAUUUCCCAUUCCUCCAAAACCCUAGCGACCUUUUGAAAGAGCUCAAGCCAAUUCCUCUGGUUGCACUACUUCCCUCAGCCGAAGACUAUCGUGAGAAGCGGAUGCCUAACCUGGAAACGCGUUUCCGGUUAGCCUAUGACCUCAUGAUGUCUGUUUUGCACCUGAGAAGCCAAAAUGCCGUGCAUGGAAACAUCAACAGCAGCAAUAUCAUUUUCUUCCCUGGUCGAACCGAUUCCAGUAACGACGAGCGUGGCCUUGCCCCAGACAUGCGCCGUCCUUACUUGACUUCGCCAGCGCGCUUCUCUGGGGAUGGGCCCACCCCCGAGCCUCUCCCUACAGCGAUGUAUCGGCAUCCUGAUGACAAGAGAUCUGUUGAAGACGAAGCCGCUUGGGCUUACGACCUCUACUCGCUCGGUCUCGUCCUGUUGGAGAUCGGUCUGUGGGCACCAAUUGGCCGACUAUGGAAGAUGAAGUAUGAUCGCUCUUGGUUCAAGCACCGCGUUGAGGAUCUCUACGUGAAGAAGCUCGGCUCAAAGUGCGGUACUGCAUAUCUCCAGGUCGUUCAGCUCUGCCUCGACGCUCCUAACUUCCAUCUUUCGACCCAACCCAUGACCGACCUCAACCUUCGUGUGCCCCAAAUCUACCACUACCCCGUUCUCGACUUAUCCGACCCUGAUGGCACAUUCUCUUUCUCGAUGAACUUCCUCUAUACCAUUUGCAAGGUCCUCUGGUCAUGCACCCGGAUUGAUAUCUUCUCAGCACCCCCUGCAGAAGAGCUUGACGAUUCCCUGCCCCUGGCACUUGUUCCAUCCCCAGAACCCACACCGGCUGAAGAGAAGGCCAAUCCAUACAACCUUUCCCAUGAACCGAUCAACCUGGACAAGCAGUUGCCGACCACACCGAAUGAUCAAUGGGGGAUUCUACCCGAAGAGAGAACCCUGGAUAAGCCAGCCAAGAAACGGACCGUCAAGCGUCUCCCCCACCUCGAGAUACCCGAUGAACAUCUCCAAGAAUGGAACUUCCAGAUGAUGCCUCGUCUAAGUCGCCUUCUACAGAAAAUUCUUAAGGAGUCCGAUGAGUCCUGCGGUGCCACUCUCAUGAUGACUGGCGAGUCUCCCGAGACUGCAAAAACCACAAUCUGCGUGACCUGUGGUAGCGUCAAGAAAGUUCGAUCGGCCUUGAAAAAGCACUUCCCCCUGGACCGCGAUGACUGGGACCUGAUCGUCAUUCGCGGUGACAUUGAGCGAUCCAAAGUCCCCCGCAAUAAGCGUCGCCGACCUGCCAAGACUCGCCCAAACGGAUCGAAUGAGACUCCUUUUCGUCAGCGUGAAUUGAACCCGUGCUAUCAGCAACGGCCUCUAUGUGGCGCAUCUAUUGGGGCCUUUCAGAACGAAGAACACCUACCUCCCGUCUCUUAUGGUGGCGCCGUGCUCGUUGAUGGCCAACCCUAUGGUCUGACCGUCCACCAUAUGCUUGAGGCGCCCAGCGAUGACGAGGGUCAUGGUGAUGAUGAGCCGGAAGCACCUUUACGCUCUUCGGGGAAUUGGCCUCGUGACACGUCUCGAGACACGUCAAGUGUGAACAAUCAAGACUUCAUGUACUCGUGGCGCGAGGAUGAACCCUCAGAAGUCAAUCUGGACCUUGAGAUCUCGGAUCCAGAAGACGAUGAUGCAUCAUUCUCGCAGGGUCCCGAUGGCGGACUCGAUGAAUAUUGGUUGUCUGAAGAUGAAUCAUCGGAUGACGAGUCUAUCGAGGGCGCUGAUGCCGAGGACGACGACGAUGAUGCUGCAUCGGUUGGUGAUACUGCUGGUAUCGAGCCGGGGGAAGAGCCGCGGCUGCUCGUCACGCAGCCAGCCAUAGACGAUGUCCACGAGGACUUUUUUCCGUCCCCCGAAGACCGUGACGAUGAACAUCUCGCUUCACACUCCUUGGCUACGUCCACGCCUCCUCGGGUGUGA